AUGUUCUCUUCUUCGAGUUUUCGAAUGCAUUAAUUUUACAAAAAAAAAAAACAAAAAAAAAAAAAUGUUACCAAAAUCUAUUUGGCUGUUGUUUCUUGGAUCGGCAGUGUACAUGCUGUAUUCGAGUGAUUAUUACUUUUACGUCAAAAGUUAUGUGAAACAUUACUAUGCCGAGGCUCUACGGCUUUUAUACGAUGCCAACAGUUCCAAUGAAAUUGUUCUGGAAAACGGAGAGAUUUUAUUUACCUCAAGUGCACUUGAAAAGUAUACCGAUUUAGAUAGUGGUGGCUUGUACUUAUCGAUCUUGGGCCAAGUUUUUGAUGUAACAAAGGGAGAAAAACAUUAUGGUCCUGGUCAAUCUUACCAUGCGUUUACAGGACGUGAUGGUUCUGCGGCAUUUAUCACAGGAGAUUUUACCGAAAGUGGCCUAACGGAUGAUGUUUCGAGUCUUACAAAUAAGCAAAUUCAAUCUAUAAUGACUUGGCUGGAGUUUUAUAGGAAGACAUAUGUUUACAAAGGAAAAUUAGUUGGUAGGUAUUACGAUAAAAAUGGAAAACCAACUAACGAAAGAAGCAUUUUAGAAGAAAGAAUACAAAUCGCUAAAAAGAAUGAUUUGAAUGAAGACCAAGAAAAAUCAAAAUUUCCACCCUGCAACGUUGAAUGGAAUCCAGACAGUGGAACUAGAGUGUGGUGCACAAAAAACAGUGGUGGUAUCGCGAGAAACUGGAUAGGUGUACCACGGUUAUUCUACACAGAGCCAGGAUCAAAAAAACAUAGGUGUGCCUGCGUCAAUACAAAUAGCAAAGACUUUCAAGAAAACAAAAAUAUGUUUAAGACUUACAGUGGCUGUGCCGAUAACGAAACGUCUUGUAUUUUUAAAGUAACUACGUGAUUUUCAUUAAAAGUUUAUAAUUGUUCAUGUUUGCACUAAAAUUUUU